UGAUUUCCGGAAUCAGCUCUUCCAGUCACUUCAGCUUCAUCCCAUCCUCGUCAACCGUCAAUCACUGCAUUUUCUCUCCUUAACCCCUCUCCCUCCCAUCCAUCUAAUCUCCCUUGAACGUGACCACCUAUACGUACUCCAUGGCCUCCAUGCUCUCCCUCGCCACCAGGCGUGCCGCAUGCUCUGGGUCAAGCAGCUGGGCUGCAGGGCCCUCCGCGUUACGCAUGUUCUCGAUGACCCCUCGGCAAUCGGACUUCCACUUUGACACACAUCACUUUGUUGAGCGUCUGGAGAGGGAGGGACUCAAUCGUGCCCAGGCAGAGGGGAUCAUGACUGCCAUGGCAGAGGUCAUAGAUGAGAGCAUCAGGAAUAUGACCAGUAACAUGGUUACGAAGGCUGAGCAGGAGAAGCAACACUACACUCAACAAGUUGACUUCGCGCAGAUUAAGUCCGAGCUGCAGCUCAUGGAGAAGAACGACCUGGCAAUGCUCAAAGCUGAGAACGACCGCCUCCUGAACGACAUCGAGAAGCUCAAGCAGCGGCUGAGGGAGGAGAUCACGCGCACGCAGGCCGGCGUCCGGCUCGACCUCAACCUCGAGAAGGGCCGCAUACGCGAGGAGAGCUCGGGGCAGGAGCUGAAGAUCAAGGAAAUCGACACGCGUAUAGAGCAGGAAAUCGCGAACCUGCGGACGUCGAUACAGGCGUCGAAGGCGACCACCUUGCAGUACUUGGUCGGUAUUGUGACUGGUUGCUCGGCGCUUGUCAUGGCGUACCUCCGCUUCCGGUCAUGACGACUCUUGCUCUCUUUCAUUCAGCUCCUGCACGAGAAUCAAUUGUAUCUAUAGAUUAUGGCGCUAUACUCGGGACCUUCGGUAUCUAUCUAAUGCUAUACCUCGCUUCAGCUCUUGCUUUGGUGCAAUGCACGGCUCAACUUUGCGACCAGCGCAUACGUUCACACCCUCGGUACGGGGACGGUCAUUGGUCGAUGGAUGAGUAGGAUCCGCUUGUAUAUACUGCAGGGUAGUCGAGUGCGUGCUAUAAGCGCUUAGGGAUAUAGCCGUCCUAACAUGAUGCAGUAGUCAAACCGUGGG